AUGUCUGCACAACAGGGCGGGGUCCUUCAUGAUGCCGGCACGUACGAGGAUAAGAAGGGACAGCCUUCGGUCGAGGUCAACGAGGUAGGCUCAAACAAGAAGAGCACCAUCAAGAUUGGAAAGGAGCUGGGUCCUGUCGCUCGUAAGUGUCAAGGUGCUCUGAGCGUGACUGCACCUCUAUGCUAGAGUGCUGCCCUCAGUCGCGAAGCUGGAUGCUCGGCCCUAGGUGACCUACGACUUGCUCUGACAAAUUUGCUGUUCCGCCUGCGACGCUCUCAUUCCAGUGAUCUUCGCGUGUGGCACUGCGCUCUUCUCCGAUGGCUACAUCAACGCCGCUAGUGGUCCAGUAAAGACCAUUCUUGGUGUGCUCUACGAGAACCGCAAUCCCAACUUAGCGCACGACCUUUCCUUGUUUAGCAGUCUGGCCUUCGCAGGAACAGUCGCAGGCAUGCUGAUCUUUGGUGUGCUGACGGAUCGGAUUGGACGCAAGCCUGGAAUGCUAUUCUGCUGCAUCUGGCUCACGCUCUGGUCCAUCAUCAUCGCUGGGGCUUGGGGAGCCGGUGGAAGCAUCUCUGGUCUUUUUGUAGCUCUACAAGCUUACCGAUUCCUUCAAGGUAUCGCAUUGGGUGCAGAGUACCCUUGCGGCUCCGUGGCUGCUAGCGAAAACACCGAGGCACCCGGAGUCAACCCAAAGCACACCCAGUCUCUCUUCAUCCUUGCCACCAACACUGCCAUCGACUUUGGCUUCGUGGCAGCCAGCUUGGUAGCUGCUAUCCUACUCGAAAUCUUCAGCGAGAGGCAUUUGGAGUGGGUCUGGCGACUCACGCUCGGUCUUGGCGCUUUGCCACCCAUGAUCAUCUUCUUCUUCCGCACCAAAAUGCACGAGCCCGAGCAGUUCAAAAAGGGCGCCAUCAAAAAGCCAACCGCAAAGCUCUGGUGGCUCAUCAUCAAGAAGUACUGGGUCAAAUUAUCAGCUGUCUCGCUUUCCUGGUUCAUCUACGACUGGGUGUCCUAUCCGUGAGUCAGCUUCGAGCCGCCUCCCCCCUUGCGUCGCAUUACGCACAUCGCGCUGACUAGGUUCGCAUCUCUCACAGCGCUGGUCUGUACUCGAGCUUCUUCGUCUCGGAGCUCGUACCUGACAACGACUUGCAGAUCAGUCUUUGGUACGGUGUGCUCAUCAACGCGUUCUACAUUCCGGGCACCAUCAUCGGUGCGCUCCUCUCCGACAGACUUGGACCCAAGAAUACUAUGAUCCUAGGACUCUUCAUCCAGGCCGCCUUCGGUUUUGGGCUUGCUGGAGGUUUUGGCGCUCUUCGAAACGAGAGCAUCGCUGGCAUCAUCGUGCUGUACGGUUUCUUCGUCGCAGCCGGAGGUGAGCGAGGCUAGCAGAUGCAUGCACGCAGCAAAGUGCGUCCCCUGAUUUGCAAAAUGUGUCUUCUUCCCGCCCCUUACUCAGAGAUGGGCCCCGGAAAUAAUCUGGGUCUCUUGGCGUCCAAGGCCGUAGCACCGACUGCUGUUCGAGGAACAUUCUACGGCAUCGCAGCAGCCAUUGGAAAGGUGGGCGCCUUCGUGGCCACCUACGUCUACGACCAGAUUCAAGCCGACCUGUCAUCCGACGAGAAUGCCACCAUUCGCUUCUCUGGCCCAUUCUACAUUGGUGCAGGCUUGGCGCUGGUCAGCGCUGCCAUCGUCUUUGUCUUUAUUCCUCAGGUCACCCAUGAUGGUAUGAAGAAGCUCGACAGGGAUUUUGAAGCCUACCUCCUUGCUAACGGGUACGAUCUCAGCUUCAUGGGCAUGGAGUCCACCUCGCCCCCCGAAAAGAUUGAGGAUGUCAAGGACACCGAGUCGCCUCAGGAGGAAAAGGAGGGUAUCGGUGCCGAUGCGGAGAGGGAGCAGGCUCGUCGGCAGACGGAGGCUUGA